CAAUCGCAUACCUGAUCUACAACAACGAUAAUCGUUCACAGCCAGCUUUUAGCUAAAAGAUUAUUUGAAUUUUAUCAUGAAAAUUCUCACUAAUCUUACCAAUCAUUUGAUUCAACAAGCUGGUUCAUUGUGCAAUGCACUUUUCAAUGACUGCAUAUAGUUGAAUGUAGUCGAAUUUGGGAUGCUACAGGUAUAAGCUAGACAUUUCAUGUUUGGACAUUUUGUUUUAUUCCGACCUGGUUUUUGUCAAGGCAAAAUUAUUACCAUACAACGAAGGUGGUGAUUUCGAAAAUCCUUGGAAGUGAAGCUAAACUCAAGAAAAUUGGAAAAAACCUUGGAAGUAAAAUAAAUUCAAGCAAAUUCGAUGGCGAGAGAAGUCAAGAAGAGAUAAAUAAGCUUUUGGUUCAAAAUUUGCGCCAUCGAGAGCACAAUCUUUGUUUAUGCACCGAGAUUUUAAAGGCCUCAAAAUAUGUUUGUGUGCUUUUACCCCCCGGUGUGAAUGCUGCGUAUUCAACGGCUAGCGUAUUUGUUAGCAUAAUACGUAGUCUGAUAGUCACUAUCUGUGUCUGGAUGACCUCUACCGAUCUCUUUGUCUAUAUCUCGCAUACUGAAUAUUUCUCAUUUCAUCGAGCUUAAAUGUUAACAUACACUACAUAUUUGGCUUAGAUUGGGCAGCAGUCUUAGUUGAAGCGUUAGAGCAGCGUGUGCACAUAAAUAUUUGUCAGAAAAGGAGAAGAAAUCGAAGAAUUUUCGAACUUCUAGUUAUUCGUUCUUGUUUCUACUAAUUUAUUAACGAAAUGAAUCCGCAUAAUGUAGACGUUGUCGUCACUCCUGCUGCAGAUACCGCAGGUGACCGGGCGUAUUUUCGCGAAAGUCUAACUAGUUUUCCAGAUAAUUUUCUACGUCAAGCAAUGCUUGGAUUAAAUCUACCUUCGUCAUCUGGCCUGACUAGAAAUGAUCGUAGCGAACAGGAUUUGGAUUGUUUUACCGAGGGUGAUCAACGGAUGAGAACCGAUAAACGCGAGAUAGCGCACAGGAUAUUCGUCAACAGAAGUCUUCAUUUGGAAAACAUCAAAUUCUAUGGAUUCGAUAUGGACUACACCUUGGCGGAGUACAAGUCUCCGCAAUAUGAACAGCUGGGCUUUAAUCUUCUCAAGGAUCGUUUGGUUUCCUUGGGCUACCCGGAAGAAAUAAAAGAGUUUGAAUAUGACCCUAGUUUUCCUGUUCGAGGGCUGUGGUUCGACACUCUCUACGGUAACUUGCUGAAGGUUGACGCGUAUGGAAACAUUCUUGUCUGUGUACAUGGAUUUGAAUUUUUAAAACACUCGCAAGUUUACGAACUUUACCCAAACAAGUUCUUGCAACUCGACGAAUCUAGAGUCUACGUAUUGAAUACUUUGUUCAAUCUCCCUGAGACUUAUCUACUGGCGUGUCUGAUAGACUUUUUUACAAACUCCCCUCAAUACACCCGAGAGAAAACUGGAGUCAAGGGUGGCGAACUGACGAUGAGUUUCAAGAGUAUUUUUCAAGAUGUUAGAAACGCUGUUGACUGGAUUCAUCUGCAGGGGGACCUGAAGAGCAAAACUAUCGAGAAUUUGGAUGAGUACGUCAAGAAAGAUGAAAGACUGCCUAUGUUUUUGACAAGGAUUAAGGAAAGCGGAGCCAAAGUCUUCCUUCUCACAAACAGCGACUACGUUUUCACAGACAAAAUAAUGACUUACUUAUUUGAUUUUCCUCAUAGCUCACGUACCGAGGAAUCCCAUAGAAACUGGAAAACCUAUUUCGACACUAUCGUAGUUGAUGCCAGAAAGCCAUUGUUCUUCGGGGAAGGAACGAUCCUACGACAAGUCGAUACAAGGACCGGUGCUCUGAAAUUAGGAACUCACAAAGGACCUUUACACUUAGGUGAAGUAUAUUCCGGUGGUUCGUGCGACGUUUUCACAGAGCUGAUAGGGGCGAAAGGCAAGGAUGUUCUUUAUGUCGGAGAUCACAUUUUUGGAGACAUUUUAAAAAGUAAGAAGAUCAGGGGGUGGAGAACGUUCCUAAUCGUUCCAGAACUGGUACAAGAGCUCCACGUCUGGACAGAUAAGUGUCAGUUAUUCGCAGAACUUCAAAGUCUGGAUGUUAUGCUCGGAGAGAUGUACAAGAAUUUGGACAGUAGUACCAAAGAAAAACCAGAUAUCUCCAAACUUCGGGCUUCGAUAAGAGACGUAACACACAAAAUGGACUUGGCCUAUGGUAUGAUGGGUUCUCUUUUCCGCAGUGGCAGUAGACAGACCUUUUUCAGUAGCCAGGUCGUCAGGUAUGCUGAUCUCUAUGCUGCAACUUUUCUCAAUCUCAUCUACUACCCGUUCUCAUACAUGUUCAGGGCGCCUGCUAUGCUGAUGCCUCACGAAAGUACGGUCGCUCACGAGCAGCGGUUUGUGAUGGAAACGCCGAUGAUCAGUCGAUCGCGUACUUUUAAACUUACCGAAGAAGAAGAGGAUCAAGCAAAACCGGUGAACCAUGGCAUUCUGGACAUCGAUCAUACCGCGAGUCAAAUACCCCAUGCAAGACCGGAGACUCCGAGAAACGUUACCCACACUCAUGACGAAGACUGUAGCGACGAAGAUAGCGAUUCGCAGAAGCAAGCCAAUCUAGAGGCUCGUAAAAUUUCAACGAGGGAGGCUAAUUGAGAUAUAACAUCACCUCUCCGUUACUCGAUCUUCAAAGUUAUGCACCUUGAAUAUAGGCCGAUAAUUUCUUGCUCUCGUUUUGAUUUUACUCUGAUUAAUAUGGGUAAUCGAUGUUUUAACAUAUUGACAUGUUGUUAUGAAUGAAAUGGAUUCAUAGUCGAGAUUUCUUCUAUUAAAAGUAAGUGACGUUGAAAUUUUUUAAAUGUCUAGAUCCGUUGUAUAUCUUCCGAAAAUAUUCUAAUCGUUAUAAUACCCAUAAUGUUCGUUUCAUGUAUUUAUAUGUCUGGUGAGUACACGUACGCACAUAUAAGUACAUGUACAUCCGAAGAAAGUAUAAUAAAUUAUUUUUUAUUACA